AUCAACUGGCUUGUUCUUGUGUCAGGAAACAAAAUACCACAUUUAUCAGAUAAUAUACCUGGCUAUUACAUCAGAUCAAAUUCAUAGUUACUGGGUUUUGCCUUUGUAGGUCAGCAUAAACAUGCCAUUUCAUCAACUUCCCUACUGUCAACUUUCCAACACACUGACUAGCUGACAUGUGGCGUGCCAUUAUGUCUCCUGAGGUUCUGGAUUAUGUUCCAAACUGAGCACUGACAUCACCCAAACCAGUUAGUCUGCACAGUUAUCCUAUUUCCCAUGUAAAAUAGCCUUUGAGUGACCAAAACAUCACCCAUAUUUUAAUAUCCCCAUUAAAAUGCUCAGUUAUGAAAAUGUACUUUUUAUCUCAUCUCUAACUAUCAUUAAGUCUGAAGGACAGGCUAGCUGGGCACAGCAACAUCCUAUCCUGUUAUACAUUACAUCAUGCUUUCAUUAAUGAUUUGUUUAUCCAACAUUUUGUUCAUUUGUGUGCUCACGUGCGUGUGUGUGUGUGUGUGUGCGUGUGGAGACUCCUGGGAGGGGUGUCUGUCAGUAACUCAGUGAUAAAUAGAGAGGUUUUUCUCAGAGUUUGUCAGAAGGCAGACCUGACAGGGUCACACACAGGACCAAGCAGGAGCAGGACCUCAGCAUUUUGACCUUUUACUACAAAUGGAGAAACAUGAAGAUGUUCAAUACUGUUUUCAAGACAGAAACUCUUCUUGCAGAAAGGCUUUGCUAUCGACAUCUAUCUACAUAACACUGUACAUCUUCUUCUCGUUGAUUUCAGCAGUUACAGUAUUUUUGAACGUACUGGUGAUCAUCUCCAUCUCUCACUUCAAGCAGCUCCACACUCCAACCAACCUGCUCAUCCUCUCUCUGUCUGUGUCAGAUCUCCUGGUGGGAUUGAUUGUGAUACCAGUAACGACUGUAGCAUUAAUGGAAUCAUGCUGGGGUUUUGGGAAAUAUUUCUGUGUGUUUCAGAUCUACAUUACUUUCUUAUGUACUUCUUUAUCUCUGGGCAAUUUGGUCUUGAUAUCUAUUGACCGCUAUGUUGCUGUGUGUGAUCCCUUAUCGUACCACUCUAAAACAACAAUAACAAGAAUGAUGUAUUGUAUAUCCAUUACCUGGUGUUGUUGUAUCAUAUACCGUGCUGCUAUUAUAAAAAACUUUGUAAAUGUACAGGUACCAAGUAGGUGUUUGAAUGAAUGUUUUAUUGUUGAUGGAAUAACCUGGGGUAAUAUCAUUGACCUUGUAUUUACAAUGGUUGUCCCGUGCUCUAUUAUUAUAACACUUUAUAUGAAAAUCUUUGUAGUGGCCAGAUCACAGGCCAGAAAGGUAUUUUCAAAAGAGGCUGCCAGUGUGUCUGGUGUUAAAACUGUACAGGCUAAUAAGUCUGAGAGAAAAGCAGCAAAAACUCUAGCUAUUGUUGUUUUCAACUAUUUAAUUUGUUGGAUUCCAUUUUUAUUUUCUUUCUUUUUGUAUUUUUUAAUUGACAGUUUAUUUUCAGUUAUGAUCAUCGGCUUUCUGCCACUUGCCAAUUCCUUAAUUAAUCCAAUAAUUUAUGCUUUCUUUUAUCCGUGGUUCAAAGUGACAGCUAAACGUAUUUUAACUCUGAACUUUUAAUUUAUUUUUAUUUUUUAUCCUUUAUUUAACUAGGCAAGUCAGUUAAGAACAAAUUCUUAUUUACAAUGUCGGCCUAACUUAACUUAAGGCAUAAAUAUAGUUCAUAUGUUUUUAUUUCUACGUUUGACAAACGUGUUUGAUAUAGUUUUGUAAUACAAUUGUUGUAAUUGCUUCUUUCAUGUAACAUUACACGACAUUACUUAUCUCAGUGUUGUCAUCAUACGUGUGGUGUUGAUACCCAAUGAUUUGUCUGGAUUGGAUUGGAAUGACUAGGAGAAGGCAUAAGCUUGUUUUAUAAAAUACAUUGUAGUCAUUUUGGGUUGUAUUUUCCAAAUACCAACGUCUGUGGUUGUUCCAUGUUAUUUAAUGAUAAAUAGUAUGUAAGUAUUCUAAAAGUACAUUUUGAG